CGGGGGUGCGCGGUGACCGUUGGCGCUGAGGGGAGGAGGCACCGCGGCCGCCGCCGUUGCGCAGAUCCGGGCCGCGGCUGUGGGGAGGGCGCCGGGGCCAGUGACCUUCCGGAGGCGGGAGCGAGCCAGGGGGCCCGGACGCCGAGCGCCUUCGCCGCCGCCGCCGCCAUGAACAACUCGGGCGCCGACGAGAUCGGGAAGCUCUUUGUGGGCGGUCUUGACUGGAGCACCACCCAAGAGACGCUGCGCAGCUACUUUUCCCAGUAUGGAGAGGUUGUGGACUGCGUGAUCAUGAAAGACAAGACAACGAACCAGUCUCGAGGCUUUGGGUUCGUCAAAUUCAAAGACCCAAACUGCGUGGGCACAGUGCUGGCCAGCAGACCACACACCCUCGAUGGCCGAAACAUCGACCCAAAGCCAUGUACGCCUCGGGGGAUGCAGCCAGAGAGGACGCGGCCGAAGGAAGGCUGGCAGAAAGGACCCAGGAGUGAUAACAGUAAAUCAAAUAAGAUAUUUGUCGGUGGAAUUCCUCACAAUUGUGGUGAGACAGAGCUCAGGGAAUACUUCAAGAAAUUCGGAGUGGUCACAGAAGUGGUCAUGAUCUACGAUGCGGAAAAGCAGAGGCCUCGAGGUUUUGGAUUUAUUACUUUCGAGGACGAACAAUCAGUGGACCAGGCUGUCAACAUGCAUUUUCACGACAUCAUGGGCAAAAAAGUGGAAGUUAAACGGGCCGAGCCACGGGACAGCAAAAGCCAAGCACCGGGCCAGCCGGGGGCCAGCCAGUGGGGCAGCCGGGUCGUGCCUAGUGCCGCCAAUGGCUGGGCAGGUCAGCCCCCACCCACAUGGCAGCAGGGGUAUGGCCCGCAAGGGAUGUGGGUGCCAGCAGGACAGGCGAUUGGUGGCUACGGACCGCCCCCUGCGGGAAGAGGAGCCCCCCCGCCGCCCCCGCCCUUCACCUCUUACAUUGUGUCCACCCCUCCUGGAGGGUUCCCCCCUCCCCAGGGCUUCCCCCAGGGCUAUGGCGCGCCCCCGCAGUUCAGUUUUGGCUACGGGCCUCCACCUCCCCCACCGGAUCAGUUCGCCCCCCCGGGGGUCCCCCCGCCACCGGCCACUCCGGGGGCUGCACCUCUGGCCUUCCCGCCGCCUCCGUCUCAGGCCGCCCCGGACAUGAGCAAACCACCAUCGGCGCAGCCCGACUUCCCGUACAGCCAGUACGGUUACGGACAGGACUUGGCGGGCUUCGGACAGGGCUUCUCAGACCCCAGCCAGCAGCCCCCCUCCUACGGGGGCCCCUCGGUGCCCGGCUCGGGGGGUCCCCCUGCCGGCGGAAGUGGCUUUGGACGCGGUCAGAACCACAACGUACAAGGAUUCCACCCCUACCGACGCUAGCCGCAGCACCUUGAGGAUGUCAGGCGGCUGAGGCCAGGAUUCAAACUUGUGAACUCGUGACAAUCACAAACUUGGGGAAAAUACCAACUGGAGCGUGGGGGGCUUCUGGCGGUGGCUGUGGGCAUCUGGACCGAAGUUUUUAAACAUAUUCUUUCUCUAACCCAUCAGCUCAAUAAAAAAGUCACUGGUUCAACAACAGGGUUAAAAAAAUUCUUCAGCUUUAAUUCAAAAAACUUCAGGUUUCUUUUUCUUCCUUUUUUUUGAAAUUAUUUUCCUGAGCCUUUAUUUUACCGUAUAUUGUAAACUUUUAUGUUAAAGAAAAAAAUAUACAUUUACAAAUUGUGAGAUUUUUAAGAGAAAUUUUCUACAAUGUAUACUCGCUUAUUUUUUAAUUUAAAACAGGGUUUCUGUCGGCACUGGUGGAGGUGAGGGGCGUUUUUAGUCCCUCACUCCUGGCUUUGAGGGUUGGGACUCGUUGGUCCAGAAACUCUGGGAGCUUAAAGAAGAAAUCUACUGAGUGUGUUUUGUUUUUUGUUUAUUCUUUGCUUUUGUCGACUGGCGUGCCUGACCAUGUCUGCAGGUGCGCCGUGGGGCCGCGCUCGCCUGCGUCCGCCCUGGUGUCAAGUACCAGGAGGCCGGGCCAGCCCAUCUCCCGCGCUUGGGGCUUCAGGGCGUCCCCGCUGACCGGUUUGAAUAAAGAAAGUGCGUUUGGAUUAGAAA